AUGAAAAAGGUCCUCUGUGUGGCGGAAAAACCCUCGAUCGCAAAGGCUGUUGCCGGGCAUUUGAGCGGGGGUGUCAUCCGGAAUACCCGAAAUACCGGCAACAAGUAUAUUAAAAAUUAUGACUUUAAUUACCGGUUCCCCCCACCGUGGGGGGAAUGUAGCGUUACUAUGACAUCCGUAGUGGGGCAUACGGUAUCCUGGGACUUUGCCGAUGAGUUCAGGAGGUGGAAGGACUGUCAACCGUCGGCAUUGUUCGAUGCUGCUACUAAGCAGUUUGUUUCUCCGGAAAACAAAGAGGUAGCCGCAAAUAUCUCUUCCGAAGCACGGAAUGCCCAAAUUCUAUAUAUCUGGACAGAUUGUGAUCGCGAGGGGGAGUACAUUGGCACUGAAGUGAUGGAUCUGGCAAUGAAGAGUAAUCCCAGGGUUGAAGUUAAACGAGCAAAAUUUUCAAAUAUCGAACGAGCACAUAUCCUGCAUGCUGCUCAGCACCCAGGGGUUCUUGAUGAGCGCCAGGCGGCAGCGGUUCGUGCUAGGAUUGAAUUGGACCUCAGGAUCGGGGCGGCUUUUACUAGGUGGCAAACGAUGCUCUUACAAACUGUGAGGGGGUUGGAUGAGCAGGUUGUUAGUUAUGGCUCCUGCCAGUUCCCGACGUUAGGAUUUGUGGUCGAUAGGUAUAAAAGAGUCAAGAACUUCGUUCCAGAGCCUUUCUGGUCGAUUAGAGUGAUACACAAGAGGGACGAUAUAAAUGUUGGUUUCAGUUGGGACCGGGGUUCACUAUUUGACAGAAUGGCCGUAAUGGUCAUGUAUGAGAAAUGCUUGGCUGCGAAGGUUGCAAAGGUGGUUUCUGUCGUUAAGAAACCAACCAGUAAAUGGAAACCACUACCGCUAACCACAGUAGAGCUACAGAAACAAGGGAGUAGAUUCCUCGGGCUUUCGUCUCAGUUGGUCAUGAAUAUUGCGGAAAAACUAUACACUCAGGGCUUCAUAAGCUAUCCCAGAACUGAAACCGAUCAAUUCGAUAGAGGCAUGGAUCUCCGGGCCCUUGUAGGAAAGCAGACUCAAAGCCACGCCUGGGGCCAAUUCGCUCAAGGCCUUAUGGAGGGCGGCUUCUCCCAGCCCAAAAACGGCACGCACAACGAUAAAGCCCACCCUCCGAUCCAUCCAGUAGCCUAUGUAGCCCCGGAUAAGCUGAAUGCAGACGAAAAGCGAGUAUAUGAAUUCGUCGUUCGACGCUUCCUAGCUUGUUGUUCCAAGGACGCCCGUGGAGAAACCACAACGAUAAAACUCCAAUACGGCGAGGAAGGUUUCCACACCACGGGCCUGGUAGUGCUCGAAAGGAACUACCUAGAAGUCUACGUCUACGACAAAUGGACAUCAUCCCAAGAACUACCCGUCUUCACCCCCGGGGAAAUCUUCAACCCCACGGAAGCCACGAUGACAGAGGGCAAGACAUGCCCCCCCGGAUUCCUGACCGAGCCGGAAUUAAUCGCUCUCAUGGACGCGAACGGCAUCGGGACCGACGCUACGAUGGCAGAACACAUUGCCAAAAUCAUUGAGCGAAAGUACGUUUUUGCCCGUCCAAUGGGCAGGAGUGGCGGCGAAUUCUCCCCGAGUAACCUGGGCAUCGCACUAGUCGAGGGUUACGAUAAUAUUGGGUUUGACAUGUCACUGAGCAAACCGUUUUUGAGGAAGGAGAUGGAAGAAAAAAUGAAAAAAAUCUGCGAGGGAGUAAUGACUCGUCUGGACGUGGUGAACUCUAGCAUCGAGCAAUACAGAGAAAUGUUCAUGAAAGCUAGUCAACAUAGCGAUGUUCUUAAGGCCUGCGCACAACGCUACCUAACGCCACCAUAGGCUCUCUUCCGCCAUACCGCACUUAAGGACUCUAACGGUUCCAUGGUCUACGAGUACUGGCUGGGUGGGGGGAGGGGGGAGGGGAGGGGUAGGCGCUUACUGUACGGUACCGUACCGGUACAAGCAAAACAAUGGCAAUCACUCCGUAAAGUCAUUCGCAGAACCGUUUGUGGCUGUCUCCUCGGCUCUGGAUGUAUAGUACUAGUACGAGGUAGAUUUAAU